AUGAGUGCAAGAGAAGAGAAAAAUAUGGACACUAUUGUUCAUUUCACGCAUCGACAUCCACUUAGCAUCUCAACAAUCCAAUGUCGAGCAAGACAUAAUGAUCGAUGUGGCAUGUGCUCGGAAAUCCUUGAUCCAAUUGCCAGAGUUUAUGCUUGUCAAGGUUGUUCAUUCUUCUUACACGAACAUUCUGCUGAAUUGCAGCUGGAUAUUUCACACCCCUUUCAUCCCCAUCGCCUUCAUCAUCACAUUGAUCCUAUUGCUAUUGGGAGAGGGUGCGACGCUUGCAGCUCUCGUGGAUCUUAUCCGUUCAAAAGCUGGUACCGAUGUGAAGAGGCUGACUGCUCCUUUAGUUUGCAUUUGAAGUGUGCUCUGUUAAAACCUUCUCAUGAUCAUCAUCGAGUAGAGGCGCUACAGAAUUCUCACGGGCAUUCUCUACUUGUUUGCGACAGGCCAAAUGUUUUGCAUUACUCUUGCACUCGCUGUGACACUGAAUUUGGAGAUGAUGACAAGAUUUACGUUUGUCUUGAAUGCAAAUGCAUGUUAGAUGAGCCGUGUGCUGCUCAUGGGCAGGAAAUCAGGCAUCCCUUUCACUCUCAACAUACUCUCUCUCUCGUUCUCUAUUAUUUGCGUCCACCUCGUUGCUGCAGCCUCUGUGGUGGCGGUGGAAGGAAUGGUUAUUUCUUCACUUGUUCUUCAUGUGAUUUUUGCCUCGAUGUUGAUUGUGCCAACUUGGGCGAGACUACCACAAUCUGCAAAGCCGACCAAGGGCAUAUUCAAAUCCAACCUGUAACCCACCCCCAUCCCUUGAUUCAAGUGAAAGUAAUGAUUAGCAUGAAGAAUUUCAGGACUUGCUGCUUUGCUUGCGGCCUCCGCUUUGAGGAUCUUGUUUACGCUUGCCUUUCAUGCGGAAUCCUACUCCAUAAAUCCUGUGCUGAUUUGCCUAAUGAAAUCACUAGCCAUUUGCAUCCGAACCACUUGCUCAAACUCGUCAAAAACUCUUUCUGGUUCCACGAGAGAUUUUCUUGUCGAGUGUGCUUACAAUCUACUGGCCACUUUUUCUACAGCUGCGGAGAAUGUGACUUUGGGUUGGAUGUUAAGUGUACAAGAUCUGCAUUCCCACUUAUAAUUGUUAGUAGUAGUAGGCUGGUUGAGUGCUUGAGGUUAAGUAGGCGUCUGUCUCCCAGGAUACAACGGAUUAAAGGUGAAUAUGUUAGCACCAAACUUCUUCACCACAGCGAACUCGAACUGGAGCAAUAUGGAACACUAUAA